CAAACCGAUUUUGAUGCACAUUGCAAGAUACUCCUGUCGGUUUGCGCCAGAGUAGUGCUCUCAUCGUAUGCGUUGCUUCCCUGCACUUCUAUAUCACACCGACGUGUUCUUCGGGUGCUAGUGGUGCCCUGUGCGUGCCAGGAGAUGCUUGUUCUUCAUGAUCACAUUCAGGAGCGAUGACCCCUGGGCCAAUGAUGGCGAGGCAUCGUUCUGGGCAUGGUCCCGACUCCCCUUUCACCAUCCUCCGAUGCCAGGCGGAGGCCGAUGCGGAAGGGCACGUGCCGAUCGAGCUGAUCAUGCAGGACGCCUCUCGCCACCUUGACGACGCUGGCGCUGCUUCGAGCGCGGUGGAGCCAGUCAUAAUGGCAGGCAUCGCGGCUCUUCUUCAACAGCCGCUCGCGCCAGUCACCCCCGCGGCGUCCGACUUCCAGAUAUUGUCUGGGAGCCUCAACUGCAAGGUCGCAAACCUCGGGGAGUUUCUGCAGCCGCUUUGGGAGACGCGUAGUGUAAUUAGGCGAGCGUCAGCUCCACAGAGAUACGGCCGAGAGGCUGGCAAACAUGCGUGAGGCGCUGUCCAAGAACGUCCCAGGCGAUGUUGCAGUCGAGAGGGGAUCCUAAGGAGGCUUUUACGACGACGUCCCCUCACUCCGACCCAGCUCAUCGCAGCACUUGUUCUUGAGCAAGAGGUCUGUGAACACGCUUGUCGGCAACCUGCAUGGUUUCGGGGAAUGUCUCGAACGACUGAGUGGUUGACGGAGCGCCUGCAGCCUAAUUCCGCGCUGGUCCAAUCCAAGCUCAACGCGAAAGGCGAGCUCAGAGGCAUCAUCUUCGCGGAGUGUGUUUCUACUAACGCGCGGGAUCCAACUGCCUUCGCUCUACGAGGUGCGCUUGUCCACGCCCUCUUAGAGGGCGUGGGCGAGCGCAGUUGAACUUGCUAGCUUGCUCCAGCCUGACUCGGCCCAUCGCUCUCGAACUCCGCUUGCAUUGGACAAUGCAGCGUGGCCGCUUGGAUGGGUACUCGCCAGGCCGUCGACGCCAAGAUGGAGUGAACGGUUCGCAUCGGGGCCGGCUUUGGCCCCACAAGAGGCCCCCAGGCGACCGCAGGUCAGGCGAACAUCAUUUACACCAGCACUGGUUUUGCGAUUAUUUUGAAGGUUCCAGUUUGUCGGCAACGUUGCGUC